AUGCCCGUAGCCUUUGGUUUUACCAUUCAUUGUUUAUUCUCAAUAAAUGGGAAUCCCGUGACCGGAGAGGGUUACGACACUCAGGAUAAUCGAAGUGCAAAUCCAGCACCGACAAGAACUCGCAUUCCUCCAGGCGGUUAUUCUUCGGGAUUGUGGUAA